AGUUUCGUCAGAAGCAGGGUUCGAGAUAAAUAAGUUUUUCCGCUUGUCGAAUAGAGGGAUAAAGAGGCAGAAUUCUUUCGAAGCGGGAGGAUUCUUUCAAUUUCUCAGUGGAAAACCGUGUUUUCCGUGUGCUGAGGGCCGGUGGCCGAGUGAUGCACGCAUAUGUCUAGGCUCGGGGGGACUCAGGUUCUGGCCACAGCACAGGUGAAGAGGACGGCCGCUGAUCACGCAGCGGUGCUAAACUUUGGUGCUGCAAAACGCAGCAAGCUGUCCGCCGUUGCGGUCACGGAGAUCAACGAGAUUGAAAACAUGACGGAUACGGCUGCAGCCACGACCGAUACUCAAAAGAGGGCCAAUUUCUCAGCUUUAACUGUUGGGAAUCCGAACGGCGUCAACAAGAUUUCACCAAGUUUGGCAAACGCAAAACCUGGUACAGCUAGAAAGCUCGUCAUCAAAAACUUCAAAAAUAAACCAAAAUUGCCAGAAAAUUAUCAAGAGCAAACAUGGGAAAAAUUACAAGAAGCAGUAAUUGCAAUACAAACCAGUAAAAGUAUUCGUUAUUCAUUAGAAGAGCUUUACCAAGCAGUUGAAAAUAUGUGUAAUCAUAAGAUGGCAUCUACAUUAUAUAAAAAACUAACAAGGUUAACAGAAGCUCAUGUAGAAGCAAAUAUAGAACAGUUCUUAGCAGAAUCGAUGGAUAGGCAUAUAUUCUUAAAAAAAAUGAAUGAAUGUUGGCAAUCACACUGCAGACAAAUGAUUAUGAUUAGAAGUAUUUUUUUAUAUUUGGAUAGAACAUAUGUAUUGCAAAAUCCAAGUAUUUUAUCCAUUUGGGAUAUGGGUUUACACUUGUUCAGAGUAUAUAUUGUUCUGAAUAACUUAGUUCAAACACGUACAGUAGAAGGACUUCUUAUGCUUAUUGAAAAAGAACGUCAAGGUGAUACAGUGGAUAGAACGCUUCUUAAGUCAUUGUUAAGAAUGUUAUCAGAUUUACAAAUCUACCAAGAUGCUUUUGAAACAAAAUUUCUAGUUGCUACUGAAAGAUUAUAUGCUGCUGAAGGUCAACGACUGAUGAAUGAACAUGAUGUUCCAGAGUACUUAGCACAUGUAGACAAACGGCUUCAGGAAGAAAAUGAACGUUUGUUACAUUAUCUGGAUGCAUCUACAAAAUGGUCAUUAAUACACACAGUGGAAAAGCAAUUAUUGUCAGAACAUAUUACUAGCAUUUUACAAAAAGGAUUAAGUGGUUUACUGGAUGAAAAUAGAAUUAAUGAUUUAUCUUUACUUUAUAAUUUAUAUAGUCGAGUAAAAAACGGCCUUGUAGAACUUUGUCUAAAUUUUAAUUCUUAUAUUAAGAAAAAAGGUAAAACCAUAGUAAUAGAUCCUGAAAAAGAUAAAACUAUGGUUCAAGAACUUUUAGAUUUUAAAGAUAAAAUGGACAAUAUAGUUAAUACCUGUUUUCAUAAGAAUGAAAAAUUUGCAAACAGCUUAAAAGAAGCUUUUGAAGCUUUCAUAAAUCAACGUGCAAAUAAACCCGCUGAAUUAAUAGCGAAAUUUGUUGAUUGCAAGUUAAGAGCGGGUAAUAAAGAAGCGACGGAAGAAGAAUUAGAAAGAUUAUUAGAUAAAAUCAUGGUACUGUUUAGAUUUAUACAUGGGAAAGAUGUAUUUGAAGCAUUUUAUAAAAAAGAUUUGGCUAAACGUUUGUUAGUUGGUAAAUCAGCCUCUGUUGAUGCUGAAAAGUCCAUGUUGUCUAAGUUAAAACAAGAAUGUGGUGGUGGAUUUACUAGUAAAUUGGAAGGAAUGUUCAAAGAUAUGGAACUUAGUAAAGACAUUAAUAUUGCCUUUAAACAGUAUGCAGGAAAUUUGCAAAGUGAAUUAUCUGCUAGUAACUUGGAUUUAACUGUUUCAAUACUUACAAUGGGUUAUUGGCCAACAUAUCCUGUAAUGGAAGUAACAUUACCACCAGAAAUGGUUCAAUAUCAAGAUGUAUUUAAUAAAUUCUAUUUGGGAAAACACAGUGGUAGAAAAUUGCAAUGGCAACCUACCUUGGGGCAUUGUGUACUAAAAGCUUGGUUUAAUCAGGGAAACAAAGAACUCCAGGUUUCGUUAUUCCAAGCAUUAGUGUUAAUUUUGUUUAAUGAUGCUGAUAACUUGUCCUUAGAAGAUAUAAAGACAGCAACAAAUAUAGAAGAUGGAGAGCUCAGAAGAACUUUACAAUCUUUAGCUUGUGGAAAAGCCAGAGUAUUACAAAAAAAUCCAAGGGGUAGAGAUGUUGCAGAUAAUGAUAAAUUUGUUUUUAAUGCAGAUUUUACAAAUAAAUUAUUCAGGAUUAAAAUAAAUCAAAUUCAAAUGAAAGAAACGAAUGAGGAACAGAAAGCUACAGAGGAAAGAGUAUAUCAGGAUAGACAGUAUCAAAUAGAUGCAGCUAUUGUCAGAAUUAUGAAAAUGAGGAAAACACUCUCACACAAUUUGUUGAUUAGUGAACUGUACAAUCAACUUAAGUUUCCUGUGAAGCCUGCAGACUUAAAAAAGAGAAUUGAAUCUCUCAUAGAUAGGGAUUACAUGGAACGAGAUAAAGAUAAUGCAAAUGAGUAUAAUUAUGUUGCAUAACCUGAACCAAAUGCCAAAGUCAUUUUAGACUGGGUGGUCACUGUGUUUCAUAGCAAAAAACCAAUGAAUUUUGGUAUUUGUGUACUUGUAACAAAAAUAAAACACAAAACUUAAAACUGCUCGAAUAUCGGCAUAAUGUUGCAUUAUGUGGUUAGAUAAUAAAAAAAAAUUAGAGUGAACUCUAUUAAUUCGAUUUUUAUAGUGCGCAAUGAAUACUGGACAAUUAAGAUUCUCUUUCAAAUAGUGCUUUACUGUUGUUAUUCUUUUUCUGUUUCUGAAUUUUGCUAAAAGGAGGACCAUGUGCAGAAUAUCUUAAAUAAUACAGCAUUUAAAAAGUACAUCAACAAUUUUUUAUGCAGAACAAUUUUUCACAGCAUACAGAUCUAAGAAGAUAAUAUAGUAAAAAUAUUCUAAGAUUUAAAAAAGAAUGCGGUGACCGAAAGUGAACAAGAAUGCGUUAUUUAUAACAAAUAGAAAAUAUAUUAUACUGUGAACGUUGAACGUACUGGUCAUAGAAAUAAUUUUAAACAAAUGGAAAAUACAUUAUAUUGAAUAUGUUCGUGUAUUGAAUAUGUUCAUUACAUGAAAAAAUACUUCAUUAUAGAAUUUUAAAAAUAUCAGAAAACAAGAUAUAAGACACUACGGUAUGUGCAUAUUGAAAAGACGAAGGCCAAAAUGUUUGAAGAAAUUUUAUUAAGAACAUAAUAUUAUGAAUUUCUAUAACAAAUUUUUGUACAUUACCUUAUAAUACAGAGUAUUUAAAUAAGAAAAAAAUACAUACUUUGUACAAAU